CUAAAAUACGUGUACGAGCGCGAUUCGUCGAAAUUUGUCUGCUGCAGUUUGAUGGUCGUUAAAUACUUCUCUUCUUGCCUUUAGUACUCUUUAAAGGUUUUGAUUUCAAUGUAAAGUUGCUGCCUGAUAUCAGAGUAGACAGCUGUUUCACUGACAAGGAUUUGACGGCCGAAUCGAAAGCUGAAUGCAAAGAUAACUUUGAGUCUUUGUAGCACCUACAUUUUCGACGUCUCACCGGCGUGCUGACUAUAUUCCACCCCGAACCUCUGGCGUGAGUUUGCAACCAUCUGUUACCCGCAUUGUCACUGCUGCGUACACAAAAGAAAGAUGAAGGCGAAUCGUUUAAUUUGUUUGACAAUUUUACUCUCAUUCUGUUUGAUGAGUGCACACGUUGUUUAUGCACAAGAAGAAGAGGAAGAAGGAACCUUACCACUGAAAAGAGGGCCUAGAAAAGGAUUUGAAAGAGAGGAAGAAGAAGAGUUUGAGGAUGACUUUAUAGAUGAAGAAGAAGAGGAGGAGGAGGAAGAAGCUCCUCCCAGACCACCAGGUGAAAGUCUUGGAACCAUUAAUUUCUCAACUCCUGACCUAGAUGAUGAGGAACAUCAUUCCCCUCAUCUACCUUCGUCUUUGAAAUGUGAUGCCUGUCAUAUUCUCACUCAUAUGAUGACAGAACGCUUGGACAAAGCGAAUGAGAAAAGACCAUCUUUGAAGAAGAAACUACCGGAAUCUGAAAUCAUUGAUAUCUUUGAAGAGCUGUGCUCUGAUGAGUUUAACAAUGUUGGAGUGAAGGAAAUCAAUGGUAAGAAGCGUCUGUCUGGACCUGGAUCUAAGAUUCAAGAUACACCAGGUAUCAUGCAAGGAGGAGGCAAAUGGCCUUUCAGAAUGUUGCAGAUGUGUCAGGGUUAUCUUGGUGACUACGAGGAGGAGGAGCUGUAUGGAUUCUACUUGAAAGGAAAGCUUGAUAAGAGACUAUGCUACGGACCAGACGGAGUCUGCACCAAGAAGAAGGAUGAAGGAAAGAAGAAGGGCAAAGGAAAAGACAAGAAGAUAAAGAAGAAGAAGACUGAAUUAUAGUGCCUCAACCAUUUCAAGAAG